CAAUGUUAUCGUUUACGGUCAAGAACUCAAGAUAGCCCCACCACCGCGAAACAGACACAGACACGAACCGACUCCAUAUCUAUCACCGUUCACUUAUUUUCAAAUUUUCGUUGUUCCCGUGCCUUCUCGUCUUGUCUCUUCUCUUCUCCACCAACGAAUAAGCUCAAGCUUCAAAUUCUCUCGAAUGUUCACUCUCCGAUGAUCUCGAAAUGAACCUUUCCUCGCACCACUCCUUGCUCCACCUGAAACCGCCUCAUCCGCUCCUCUUCAUCCCAAACCGCACGUUUCAAAUCCAUGAGUUUGGAGUCUACAAACGGCGCCGUCUUAAACCCUCCCGAAAGCUUUCCCUCCGUAGCCAGUUACCUCCACUCGACAGCCUCUUCCAUGACAUCCUCUCUCAGUUUCCCUCACCGGAAUCCGUCGGAAUUCUUGCUCCGGUGCUCGGAUUCGCCUCCGGGGUUGCUGCAUAUGUCUCGCAACUUAGUUCUUCUAGAGCCUCAUCCGACAGGAAAUCUGAUGUAGGAGAGUGGAUUCUGUUCACGAGUCCGACUCCGUUUAACCGGUUUGUGGUACUGCGGUGUCCAUCAAUAUCGAUAGAGGGCGGCGAGUUUCUGGAGGAUGUUAACGAGAAACUGAUAAAGGAGGGAAGACAUUUUGUGAAGCUUAAUAGCGGAAGGAUGCUGGUGAUGGGAGGGAACCAGAGUGAGAGCGGUGGUUUGGAUGAGAAAUUGGAGUACCAGAGAGUUUGCUUGAGCACGGAGGACGGCGGAGUGAUUUCGAUGGAUUGGCCGGCGAAUUUGGACCUGGAGCAGGAGCAUGGAUUGGACACCACGGUGCUGCUUGUGCCGGGCACGCCGGAAGGGAGCAUGGACAAGAAUGUACAAUCAUUUGUGUGCGAAGCACUUCUGCGGGGGUUCUUUCCCAUUGUUAUGAACCCUAGAGGGUGUGCUAGGUCGCCACUCACCACUGCUCGGUUGUUUACAGCUGCUGACAGCGAUGAUAUCUGCACAGCUAUACAGUUCAUCAAUAUGGCGAGGCCAUGGACAACACUGAUGGCUGUUGGGUGGGGUUAUGGUGCAAACAUGUUGACGAAAUAUCUAGCUGAAGUUGGAGAGAAAACACCACUUACAGCUGCCACAUGCAUUGACAAUCCGUUUGACUUGGAAGAAGCUACGAGGUCUGCUCCUUAUUACACUGCUCUAAAUCAGAAGCUCAUUGGUGGAAUGAUAGAGAUCCUGCGAUCCAACAAGGAACUAUUUCAAGGCAGAGCAAAAGGAUUUGAUGUGGAAAAGGCUUUAGCAACAAAAUCUGUUCGUGAAUUUGAAAAAGCAAUAUCUAUGGUGUCGUACGGUUUUGAGGCCAUUGAGGAAUUUUAUUCAAAAUCAUGCACUCGAGAAGUGAUUGGGAAUGUGAGGAUUCCUCUUCUUUUUAUACAGAAUGAUGAUGGUACGACCCCCAAAUUCUCUAUUCCCCGCAGUCUGAUUGCAGAAAAUCCAUUUACAAGCCUGCUCUUAUGUUCUUGCUUGUCAUCGAACGUGGUUGCCAGUAACAGGGCUGCUAUAUCUUGGUGCCAACAUCUUACGAUUGAGUGGCUCACAGCAGUGGAGCUUGGACUUUUGAAAGGUCGCCAUCCUCUUUUAAAAGAUGUAGAUGUUUCCAUCAACCCAUCAUCAGGUUUAUCUCUAGUGAAUGGCAGGGAUGGCAGGGCAUCUGAUAAGGGAGGUCAACUAAGUAAGCUUUUAGAUGUUACCCCUCCAAAUACAUUAAAUGCAAGUGCCACUGAUGCUGUUAGGCAGAUGCUUGAAGAUGGUGGCAGAACUGCCUCCAUCCACUUGAAAGCCAGACGAUAUUCGGGUAGAAAUUUAGAUUUUGAAAAUGGGAGAUCUCAGGAAGGAGAUGACUAUGCUUUCCAACAGACUGGCUCUGUGGAAGCUGAGUUGGUCAAAGAGGAAGAAGCCAUUCCAGUAGAUAGUGAAAGAGGCCAAGUGCUGGAGACAGCGCAGGUAGUCAUGAAUAUGCUUGAUGUAAAUCUUCCCGGUACACUGUCAGAAGAAGAAAAAAAGAAGGUACUGACUGCUGUCAAUCAAGGAGAAACACUUAUGACAGCUUUGCAAGAUGCCGUACCUGAAGAUGUUCGUGAAAAGCUUACAGCAGCUGUAUCUGGAAUUCUGCAAGUUCAAAGGACAAACUUAAAGUUUGAUGGACUCAGGAUUCCUACAGUGUCAUCAAAUCCCAAGGUACAGGUCCAAGAAAAAUUGAGAGAAGCUUCAAGUGCUAGUCAGGUGAAAAAGAUUGACGAUACUGCAGAUGCUUCUGAGGGUAAUCAACCUGGCACAGACCAGCCUGCUGCACAAGUAGAAUCAGAGCUUCAGCAUGCAGAGAAUUUACGAAAAUCUGCUGGUCUAGGUCAGUCUCAAGAUGAUAUAUCUAAUUCUGUCAGGAAAGACACUGAUGAGUCUGAAAGGAUUCAUGAAGCUCAUGAAUUUGUCAAAGGAAAAGAAACUUCAUAUUCUGAUUCUAGUGUAAAUGGAACAGAGACAGGGAGUAAGCCUAACAGUAAUACCGACACUGAAAAGUCAGUUGUCACUGAGGAAUCAGUUGUUAAUGAGCCCAAGGCAGAGAAUGUCAGGACAGCUCCCGUAGAGACAAACAAUGAGAGUAAUAUCGAGAAAACUGAAGAGAGAACCUCAGAUUCUUCUGUAGAUCAAACCAAGACGGCAAGUAGUAUGAUGGAAGAAGAUGCUUCACCUGUAGGAUCAUCUUCGGAUGCCCAAAUCCAUGUGAUUGAUGUGGGAGUGGAUGGUGAUCAGAAGAAGGACAGCAAAAGCAUGCCUCCUGUUCUUGAUCAAAACAAACCCUCUGUUUUUGAUUCUAAUUCUCCCACCUUCAGUGUUUCUGAAGCGUUAGAUGCCUUGACUGGGAUGGAUGAUUCCACCCAAGUGGCUGUUAACAGCGUGUUCGGUGUUAUAGAGAAUAUGCUUUCUCAGUUGGAGGAAAAUCAUGAUGAAAAUAAAAUUGGGGUCAAGGGGGAGAAAAAUGAUUCUGCACCUGAUAAGCAACAUGUUCCUUAUGGCCCUGAAUUGGAAAUAACAAAAGAGAGUAUGAACAGCGUGAGUGUAAAUUCCGACACCUCCAAUGAUUCUCCUGCAUAUGAUUGCUCUGACAAUGAGGAUUCAAUUGAUGUAGAGGGUGGUUGGGAGGAGGAGCCUGAUCCUGCUUCAUGUGGCAGGAAUGAUUUUGAUGGGUCCCAGGGAGUCAGCAAAGCUAAUUACGUAGGUGAUGAGGAAAAGACUAAGCAUUCUUUAGUUGGUAGCAAACUUUUGGAUGAUUAUCCUAAUGUACUUCUAAAUAAUAUACCGUUAUACAUAAUUGCACGAGCAUAUGGGGAUCCUUUACGCAGUGAGAACCUAAAUAGAUAUUCUAUUUCGAAGAUUCCAACUAAGAAGGCACUAGAUUCGGAUACAACCGCUGCUUUAUUGUUGGACUAUUUUCCAGAAGAAGGUCAAUGGAAGCUCUUGGAACAACCUAGUAGGUUUGGAGAUUCAAGUGGUGAUACUACAAAUAAUAAAGAUAAUGAUGGGAAAGUUCCAUUUGAUUCACCUAGAAAAGUAGACGAUAGAGAUACUUGUAUUGAACCAACGUAUGUAAUUUUAGAUACUGAAAAUCAGCAUGAACCUGUUGGAGAAUAUGAUAAAAAUGUUGAAUAUCAAUCAGAGGAGUUGGUGCAGCUUGUGAAGAGUAUUAUAAUUGAGGCUUUGAGGAUUGAAGUUGGCCGCAAAUUAAGUGCGGCUGACAUGAAAUAUAUGGAACCCAGCCUUUCUAGUGAUUUACUGGAAGUGGCAAAUGCAGUGUCUUUGGCUGUUAAAGUUGAUAAACACCAUUUAGGGUAUUUGGGAGCUAAAGACUUUAGGAUAAACUCUACCUCAAAAAAGGUUGGUACUCUUCAUGGAGAGCAAAUUAUUUGGUCCAUUUCGUCUGUUGUUCAAGGUACAAGUUAUCUGAGAAGAGUACUGCCAGUUGGUGUCAUUGUAGGUUCUUGCUUAGCUGCAUUGAGAAAAUAUUUCAAUGUCACUUCUGGUUACGAUAAUGGCCAAAGAUCCCUCAAUCAAACCCAAAGAUGCAAGGGAAGAUGUCAAGUUGAAGCGAACUUGAAGGAGAGUAAUAAAAAUACUAGUUUGGAAAAUAGUGAUAAAACUACUGAUUUGGACAGUUCUGUUAGCAGAGAGAAGGAAGAAUUCAAAUUGAAAAAUCUACACAAUGAUAGCGUCAUGGUUGGUGCUGUUACAGCUGUUAUUGGAGCCUCAGCUUUAUUGGCGCACCAGAAUUCAUACGUUGUCAUGGAAACUGCCGAAAGUUCAUCCAAGUCCUUAAAGGAGAGUGGAAUUCGUCGUAAAGAGGUUGACAAGCUUGAUGAGGCAACAUCAAAGGAAAACCAAAAUAGCAUAGUCACAAGCCUUGCCGAGAAAGCUAUGUCAGUUGCUGGUCCUGUAGUGCCUACGAAGGAAGAUGGUGAAGUUGAUCAAGAAAGGUUGGUUGCAAUGCUGGCAGACUUGGGACAAAAGGGUGGAGCAUUGAAGCUAGUUGGAAAACUUGCUUUGCUUUGGGGUGGAAUACGUGGUGCAAUUAGUCUAACUGACAGGCUUAUCUCGUUUCUCCAUUUAUCAAAACGUCCAUUGUUGCAAAGGAUCCUGGGGUUUGUCGGCAUGGUUAUUGUUUUAUGGUCGCCUAUCAUUAUUCCUUUGCUUCCAAUGCUUGUGCAGAGCUGGACAACAAAUCAUCCUGCCAGAUUUGCUGAGCUUGCAUGUAUUAUUGGCCUUUACAUUGCUGUUAUGAUACUUGUGAUGUUAUGGGGCAGAAGAAUACGUGGGUAUGAAGAUCCACUACGGCAAUAUGGACUUGAUUUGACAACGCCACCUAAGAUCCAGAAUCUUUUGAAGGGCUUUAUUGGAGGAGUAACGCUUGUUAUAGUAAUUCAAUGCAUAUAUGCUUUGCUUGGUCGUGUUACUUUCUAUUGGCCUUCAAGUCUGCCUACAUCUACAUCUGAUGCUGUAACGUGGCUCAAAGUGUAUAGUCGAUUGCUUAUGCUGGUUGUUCAAGGAACUGUAGUGGCAACAUGUGUUGUGCUUGUUGAAGAAGUACUAUUUAGGUCAUGGUUAACUGAUGAAAUUGCCACUGAUCUUGGAUAUCAACGGGGGAUUAUCAUUUCAGGACUUGCCUUCUCUCUAUCUCAGAGGUGUAUGUGGGCAAUACCAGGAUUAUGGCUCUUCUCAUUGGCUCUAGUCGGGAUUCAGCAAAGAAGUCAAGGCAGCCUAUCCAUUCCAAUAGGGUUGCGAGCAGGGAUAAUGGCCACAAGUUUUAUUUUAAACAAAGGUGCCUUUGUGACCUAUAAGCCCAAUUUUCCAUUUUGGGUGACUGGAACUCAUGCAUUCGAACUGUUUGGUGGGGCAGUUGGUCUUGCGUUUUCUCUAUUACUGGCAGUAUUUCUCUAUCCAAGACAGCCUCCGCAGGAGAGGAGUGUCCAAGAAUGAAUAGUCGUCAAGAGCAGUUUAGUAUGAACUUAUGUUCACAGGUUUCCCAAACUCUCAUUCCUUGAGACCGCCUACUUGCAAUGCGUUUGCAGUCAUAUCAGAAACCACCUCUGUUCAGUCUGCACCGGCAUAUGUUUUACUGUUUGGUGAGAGGAUGCGAUGUUAAUGUAAACAGGUUGGAUGAAAGGAACCAACAAAUAUAGGAUCACAAAGGAAGCGGAAGAGGUGCUCGUUUACGUUUGAGAUAAAGAAAGAGUGAGGCAGAGAAAUAAGGGUAAGGUUUGCCCCUCAAGUCAAAUACAGAAGGUUUUGGUAGUACGGAAGGUGAAAUGUACAGACUACAGAGUUUUGAUUCAUGGCUAUGGCCUUUCUGUAAGUAAUGUUUAUAUCGCUGGUUCCCAAUGCGAUAGGCAGCGAACGCUUCAAUUGGAGACCCAAUUGUGCA